UAGCAAAAAAAAAAAAAAAAAAAAAAAAAGAAUUCCAGCUAGCUUGCCACCGACAACUGGUCAGUCCGCUGAAGUAAAACCAUCAAUGUCAAGGCACAGGCAGGCUUUUGGAGGUCUUGUGCUGCUUCUGUGUAGCCUACAUAUCCGGGCACACCAUCCGGUGAAACGUAUCUAGCUGGUCUAGUGACAACACCAGAAGACCUUGGUGCAGUGGUGUGCCAGCUGACAUCAAGACCAAAGCUUUUCUGAAAUCAGGUUUGUACCAGAAGAUGAACGGUCUGUCCAUACGGGAGCUAUGCUGCCUGUUCUGCUGCCCCCCCUGCCCCAGCCGCAUUGCAGCCAAACUGGCUUUCCUCCCUCCAGAGCCCACCUAUGCGUUACUCCCUGACCCAGAUCCAGGUUCAGGAGCUACAACUGUGUCUGCUCCCAACUCUGGUGCUGCUCCUCCUUCGCUGGGAGCCCCGGGACUGCGUUCACGGCUGAGCACUAGUAGUGGAGGUGACAGAGGAGGUGGUGGAGGUGGCGGCGGCGGUGGCAGCAGCAAUGUUAGUGGUGGCGGCACGGCCAGCACCACUGGCAGCACUAGCGUUGUGGGUGAAGGAAGGUGGAAGCUGCAUCUCACAGAAAGAGCAGAGUUCCAGUAUUCACAGAGAGAGCUGGAUGUGACGGAUGUAUUCCUGACCAGAUCCAGCCGGGGGAACAGAGUCGGAUGUAUGUACAUUCGCUGUGCUCCCAAUGCUAGGUUCACUGUGUUGUUUUCUCACGGAAAUGCUGUGGACCUGGGUCAGAUGAGCAGCUUCUACAUCGGUUUAGGAACACGCAUCAACUGCAACAUCUUCUCCUACGACUACUCAGGCUACGGUGCCAGUACUGGCAAGCCCUCUGAGAAGAACCUUUAUGCUGACAUCGAUGCUGCCUGGCACGCCCUGCGCUCCCGGUACGGCAUCAGUCCCGAGAAUAUCAUCCUGUAUGGACAGAGCAUUGGCACAGUGCCCACGGUAGAUUUAGCCUCCAGGUUUGAGUGUGCUGCUGUGGUCCUUCACUCUCCUCUCACCUCCGGCAUGAGGGUGGCCUUCCCCGACACUAAGAAAACUUACUGCUUCGAUGCCUUCCCAAACAUCGAGAAAGUGUCGAAGAUCCCGUCUCCAGUUCUCAUCAUUCACGGUACGGAGGAUGAGGUGAUCGACUUCUCUCACGGCCUGGCCCUGUUCGAGCGCUGUCCCAAGGCUGUGGAGCCCCUCUGGGUGGAGGGGGCGGGCCACAACGACAUUGAGCUUUACAGUCAGUACUUGGAGCGGCUACGGCGCUUCAUCAACCAGGACCUGGCUGCUCAGCACGCCUGAGAAACAAGCAGCCUCUCUGUCGUCAUAUCUAUGGCACUGUGUGUGUGUGUGUGUGUGUGUGCGUAAAUGAUUGCAUGCAUGUGAAAGGGGGGUGUCGGCGUGUUUGAAAAUGUGUGUGUGAAAUAGACCUAAAAACAUUGUGAUUUGGGUCACAUCUGUGUCGUAUGAGCAGUACAGCUACAAGAUGAACACACACACACACACACACACACACACACACACACACACUUGUUUUGUUUCCUGUUUUUAAAGGUGGUAACUUUUUUAUUAAGUCGUUAGCUUUAUACAUUUGUACAGUGUUGGUUAAACACUGAAAAAUAAAUGAAGACACAUAAUUUAACAGUUGAUCUAAUUGUAAUGGGGAAGCGACAGUUUAGUCUAAAGGCACACAGAUGUUGUUUUAAAGCGUGUGAAUGUGGGCACGUGCAAAUCUCAUUGACCUUUGACACCUGAAUGACUUGUGUGUGUUAGAUAGAAAUGAAGGACUUCCUGAUGACUUGGAAAACUGUAGGAGGCUAGCGGAGACUUCUCGAUGUUAAUAUUUGUAAUAAUUUUUGAUUUUGUUGUUUUUUUUUUUGUUCCAAGUGUGUAUGAAGAAUACCUCCACAGCUUGACAAGUUUUCUUUCCGUUGGACAAACCCUGGUCGGGCGUUCCUAACCCACCACUCAUUGUUUACCUUUUUUAACGGACACUCGUACGACUGCCGGGGCGUCUCCCAAGUCUCCGCUCUGCUAACACUACUCUGUUAGGUUUCAUUUCCUGUGACUUUUAUCGGGGGCUGUUUUGAGGAAACACUUGUCUGAAGAACUUCCACAGCUCUGGUGGAUGUUACCGACUUUAUCUCCUUUUUUAAUUUUUGUAUUACGUCCAGCUUCCAUGUUAAUUCCAGGAUUUAUUCGACCACUUUUCACUGAUCAGAAACAUUUGUUUCCUUGGAUGGAGUAAUGACCCUCAGAGCACCAACAGAUGGUGCUAAAAGGUCGGUGCAAAGGAACAAGCGUGAUUUAAGUGAGCCGCUGGGUGCAGAACCGAGUCACUGGUUAUUGUUCCAUCAUGUCGAGCUGCCUGAUUCAGUAAAUGAAUAAGUUCAUGUUGCUCAUAAAUAUCACAGAUCAUCAAAAUCAUGCUGAUUAACUCCUAGUCCUGUUCUAGUUCAUCACGUGACUCGGCAUAUUUCUUGCUAGUUCUUGUCUUGAUGUAUUUAAUCCAGAUGUGUUGGUGGCGAUGCGGAGGUCCAGA